GUGAAUCAAUUACAAAAGUAAAAUUAUGUAACUGUUAUUUUUCAAGAUGUCAUUAUUCCAACAGAGUAAUAUUGAAAUUGUAAUAUUGAAUUCUAUGGUUAAAAAAGUUUUGUAAAAGUUCUUUUUUGUGUUUACGCUAGUAGAAUGAAUUAUUCCUAAAUUUCAGGUUAGAUUUUACAAGUUCAAAAUUUUUAAUUUUGAACUGAAAACAUGAAUUUGGUCAAGGGCUCUUAUGAAACAUCCAGUAAAUCUAAAGCUUUGAUAAAUAAAAUUAGAAAGCUUAAUUAGAAAUGACAGAUAACGUUCAGUUUUUAUCCAUAAGUGCUGAUGACAGCCAACCUCAGCUUAAUGGGUCAAGAGCCAAAAUUCUGGGAACAAUCUACUUGGAUCUGGUUAAACUGCAAACAUUUUAAUGCACUUAGUUUUAGAUCAUAUUCUUAAAGUUGUUUUAAAAUUCAAAAUUCAUGAAUCUUUUUCAAAAAAUGUCCUUUUCCUACUACCUAAAUACCACAAUAAGGAGUAAUUUACAGAUUUAAACCCGUCUUUAGGUUCACCGUUAUUGUUGCAAAGAGCAUACAAUAACGGUGAAAAAGUCCUGACUGGUUUAUCACACAACCCACAUGCACAGCUCUGCUGUCGGCUUGACUCAGAAAGGUUAACAUCAAAGUGUUCUUCAGAUGUCAGAUAUCAUUAAUAAUCAGCGUCGGCUAGUAAUGAGUAAUAACGCCAAAGCAUCUCCAUGGAGCCAAAGGCCUCCUGAGGAGGCGUGUUUGAUGAAAAAGAUGGCACAUGUUGUGGAGCGUGAAGCAAAAAUAAAUAAAUAAAUAAAUAAAUAAAAUUGUUGGUCUUUUCUUUCUGGUUGGAACAAGAAAUGGGAAAAAAAAACCCACAAACGUCGUUGUCAGCGAUUAGCCGGCAGCUCUGAGAGACGGUGGUGGGAGUUCGGGGGAGUGAUGAAGUGUAUCAGACUCCACAAUCUGCUGUGGUGUAAAUAUUUUCUCUCUGCCUGGGAAUCGGUUGGAUCUGCGCUGCUCCUGCAGUCAAGAAAUGUUUUUAUUUUUUUAUUUUUGCAUGCACAGCCUCGUCCAGACGCCCCUGUAGACAAUAUGUGGAAAGAUUCAAAAUAAAUUCAGCUUUUGUUGCAAAACGUAUGAAAGUUAGAGAUUUUAUUUUUACCUUCCCCUUCCUCCUCACUGUGUAAUAAACCUCAUUCAAACCUGGUUUUAACUUUUUAGAUCUGGCAUGUUUUAUCUUUUUGUACUUUGUAGUUGUGGAAAAACCCGAAUCACAUAAACUGGAUUUCAUGAAAAGAAAACUUACAAUUAAUCCUCAAAUCAUUCUUACACCUAGCAUAUUUAAGAUGACAGUAUUAUCUUUUUUUUUCUGACUGGAAGCGAUAAUAAAAAAGUUUUUAAGUGACUCAGCCAAAGUCCUGACUUGAUUCUUCACUCUAAAUACAUAAAGAGUGAUUCCCCCCUAAAUUUUCAGUGCUUUAAUUUAGUUUUCACUACUUUUAACUCAAACUGUAGACUCUCUAAGUCCUCCUGUUAAAGUGUGUGUGUUACUUUACCUCCUGUGUCUCAAAGGUCCAUUAGUGAACCUUGUUCCCUCACACAGAAGUGACUUUCCCUUGAAGCCCUGCCUCUAAACAAACUGAAACUGACAGUUUUUGUGAUUUUAGCAGAAAAAGGACAGACAUGGCUGCUGUGGCAAAACCAGGCAGAAUGAAGGCUUUUUCUACAACUCACGAUUGGGAAUCUACAGAUUAUGAGCCGACCCUUCCUGUGACAGAGAAGUCCAACCCGCUAACGCGCGACAUAGACAGAGCUUCAGCCUCCAGCAUUGUGAAGAUGCUGCAGGCCUGCGACGCCCAGAUGUUUCAGGAAAAGUCCCAAACAGAAUAUCAGAGACUUUUGAGCGAGGAAAUUGUGAAAACCUUAAUGGAGGUGGCCGAGAGGGUGCGGCUCAUUCUUAAGGAUCCUCAGGACAGCCUCGUCGUUCUGAGUGGUUGUGGCACUUCUGGCCGACUUGCAUUCUUCAUGGCGUCAGGAUUUAACAGAGAGCUGCAGCGGCUGAACUACGCCCCCAUUUGUUCGUACGUCAUUGCAGGAGGAGACAGAGCUCUGUUUUCCUCUCAAGAGGCUCCAGAGGAUGACCCCACAUUGGGCGCGCUCCGUCUGAAAAAGGUUUCUGAGGGAAAGAAAAGAGUCUUGUUCAUCGGCGUCUCCUGUGGAUUAUCUGCUCCAUUUGUGGCCGGUCAGUUGGAUUUCUGCCUCCGGCAUCCUGAUGUUUACACACCUGUACUGGUUGGAUUUAAUCCUGCACAUCAGGCCAGGAAUGAGCCCCUACCUGGCUGCACGCUAACGUUUCGCAGUGUGGUGACCAGGAUGGAAGAGCUAGCCAAAACUCAAAAGGCUUUCCUCAUCAACCCGGCACUCGGGCCGGAAGCCAUCAGCGGCUCCUCCAGGAUGAAGGGAGGCAGCGCCACCAAGAUCCUCCUGGAGGUCGUCUUUUCUGCCAGCUUCUCAAGAACGCCCGUCACAUUCAAUGGGAUUGUGCAGCAUAUGAGAUCUUAUAAAAAAGCUCUAGACUUUACGUACUCGCAUUCAGAGGAGAUAGCUGUGCUGACGGAGGCUGCUGGACGCAGUCUGCAGUGUGGGAGGCAGGUGUGUUACCUGGGCUGGGGCUCCCUGGGUUUGCUGGGUCUUAUCGAUGCCAGUGAAUGUAAGCCCACAUUCGGAGCAGACUACGAAGACAUUCGGGGUUUUGUCAGCGGAGUCUACAAAGAACUCGGCAACAAUGAGGGCGAUUUGACUUUGAUGGGCCCUGAGUUCAGCAUCUCUCAUGAUGACUUUCUGGAUCGCGUCCUGCCCCGUCUCACGGACGACGACGCCGUUCUGCUUCUCUACUCUGACUCUGACGAUGUCGACGAGGUGGCAAAGCUGGCACACAGAGUGAGAGAAAAGACAUCGAACAUUCAUGGUGCUUAUCACCAGACUGAUGGAGGCACCGCUGCACAACAAGAUGACAUAAAUAAACUGUGUUCAUCCACCAUUAACUUCACAUGGUCCCAAGAAACACCCAAGCGAUUGCAACACAUGCGGGAGCUGUCCACUAAGCUGCUUUUGAACGCAGUGAGCACCGGAGCUCACAUCUUAAAGGGAAAAGUGUUUAAGAACUACAUGAUCGACCUGCAAGUCACCAACAGCAAGCUCUACCGCAGAGCCGCACGUUUACUGCAGGAGCUGUCCAGUCAUUCGGAGUCACAGUGCGAGGAAGCCCUGCUGAAGGCCAUUUAUCAAGUGGACAAGCUCAGUGAAGACAUAAUGACCUGCAGCCUGAAAACACACACACACACUGCCGGAAAGGCUAAGAAGGUCGUGCCAUUGGCUUUAGUCUGCCUGCUGACUGGUUGCUCUAUAAAGGAGGCGGAGACUCGUUUGGAGCAGCAGCCAAUCGUCAGAGAGGCAGUGGAGGCGUGUUUGAAAUCAUCAUAAGGUCACAAUGAUCAUACAACAAUGAACUCUGCGGCUAAAUGACACCCAAAGGUUCAAAAAUCAUUAAAACUGAGUCACUAACAAUGCAUUUCUGCAUUUAAGCACUAAAGAAACCUGAUUACAAACUGAUAUUUGAACACUAUACACACAGCCAAACAUGGUGGAGGUGGCGUCAUGCUUUGGGGUUAAAGGAUUUUGUCAAGGAGGGUGAAGUUAUGAACCUAACGUCUUUCAGGUGUCUGGUUGAAAUCUGAAGGAUUAGGCAAAAGUCUAGAAAAAAUGUCUCUGUGAAUGAAAAUUGAUAAUUUCCAAAAAGAUUUUAAAAAAUCCAUCUUGCACAAAGUACUUUUUUAAAAAUAUGACGUCUCAAAUCUCAAAGUUAACACCUUGGUGAUGUUUCACUGCUGAUCUUUCAUAACUGCAUGUUGAGGCUCUGUUGCGUGAUGUAAGUCAACUCAAUCCUGUGACCUUUUGUGAAUCGACACAGACACAGUCACAGGUACUGGAUUAGUGUGACGUGUGUGGGCAUGUGUGUGUGUGUGUGUGUGUGUGGAUCUCGAAAUGUUUGAGCAGCUUUGGAAGCACAGAGAGCACAGUGUCAAACACUACAGGAAGGAACAGAGAAAAAAGCAACUCAGGUGUUGAUCAGAAAGCUCUGCCACAUGAUAUUUUAGCAGUGAAAAAUAUUCAUCACUCAGGAUUUUACAAAUCUUCCCUUUUUUUUUUAUCAUACCUGAUUAGCUUAAAUGUACAUAAAUGCUAAAGCUAAUAGGAUGCAGAAACAAUAACAUGACCAAAUAAGAUCAAGCAUUAGUGUCAUACAUGCAAUCUAUGACAAUUAAAAGACAGAAUUGUAGUUGAAUAUUUUUCCUCUCUCUAAAAAAAAGUAAGAGUUCUCUAAAAUAUUAGCACAAGCACUAAAAUUCAAGAGCUGCACCGGUAGAUGAUGAUAAUGUUGACAUUUGUGAUGCACUUAUUGUACAGGUAUGUUGGCAAUCAGCUGUGGCGAAUUUAAAUUAAUAAAAAUAAAGAUUUAUCACAUUUAACUAAUGAUUUUACUGGGGGUCAAUUGCUGUCACAUGGUUAGCUAUUUUUUCUUAAUAAAUUCAAUAAUCUCUUGAAAACUGCCUUGUGUAUUUAUCCCGAUCGUCUCUGACAUUCAAAUUUGUUUGAUCUUUGACGUGAAAUGCAAAACAAAUCUGUUCAUUGCAGCGUGAAUAUCCCAGUCCAACAGAAAUACUAAAUGUUUAAGAACUGCUUAGUAUCAAUAAAAUCUGAAGAUACAAAUGUGAAAAUGA